UUCACCAAGGGAAGGCUGGAUGGAGAGCAUUUGAAGACCUAUCAGCCUGUCACCUGUGCAGAGAAGGUGUCCUUUCCAGCCUCCCUAAGGGUGCCUUGUUUGCUGUGAAAAGCAGACAUGUGUAUGCAGGCGAGGCUCUAUUUUGGAGACACUGCAAGGCUAUAACUGCAGACUGCAAUCCUCUGCCUGAAUCCAAGACAGACCAGGACAAGGUGCCUGAUAUGGGAAAGGAGAAAGAAAAAUCUCAAAAGCCAACAAGGUGACCAGUCAGACCUUCGUUCCACUAUGUCACUGUUCAACCAAACUAUUCAUAACCAUCAGACCUUUACCCUGAUUGGGAUUCCAGGAAUGCCAGAGAAAGACUUCUGGAUGGCCUUGCCCCUCUGCCUUCUUUACAGUACCACAUUCCUAGGUAAUUUCAUUAUCCUUGUUGUCAUAAAGGUUGAGCGAAGUCUCCAUGAACCCAUGUAUUAUUUUCUGGCUAUGCUAGCUGCCACUGACCUUAGCCUUUCAUUAUCUUCCAUGCCCACCAUGAUAAGUGUUCACUUGUUUGACUGGCGCUCAGUAACCCUUGAUGUCUGCAUCACUCAGAUGUUCUUUAUCCACAACUUUGGAGGAGUGGAAUCAGGUGUUCUGGUCGCCAUGGCCUUUGAUCGCUUUGUGGCUAUUCGCUUCCCUUUGCGCUAUGCUACCAUUCUCACUCAUGGAGUCAUCAUCAAAAUUGGAGCAGCAGUCCUGCUACGGAGUGUGAGUGUAGUGCUCCCUGUGCCUUUCCUCAUCAAAAGGCUACCUUUCUGCCACUCCAAUGUCCUUUCCCACGCAUACUGCCUCCAUCAGGAUGCCAUGAGGCUUGCCUGUGCUGACACCCAUGUCAAUAGCAUCUAUGGUCUGCUGGCUGUGAUCUUCACCAUUGUACUAGAUGCCUUGAUCCUUUUGAUUUCUUACUUUCUAAUCCUCCAGGAAGUACUGGGCAUUGCUUCCAGAGAAGAGAGACUUAAGGCUCUUAAUACCUGCUUCUCUCAUAUCUGUGCAGUACUGCUCUUCUAUGUGCCUCUCAUUGGCAUGACUCUGAUUCACCGCUUUGGGAAGCAUUUGUCACCAAUAAUACACACACUUAUGGCCAAUAUCUACCUGCUGCUCCCUCCUCUGCUCAAUCCUGUUGUGUACAGUGUUAGGACCAAGCAGAUCCGGCAGCGGAUUGUCCGAGCAUUCUGUGGGAACAGGAUUGGCCAUUAA